UGGCAACAGAGUCUUUUUACAUUUACAAUAUUAAUGCGCUCGAGACCUUCCCAAAAAGACAGUUAUUGAAAUACAAAGGGGUUAUUUGAUAAAAACAUUCACCUAGUUACUUAUAAGUUAAUUAAAAUUCAAUGAAGUUACAACUGUUCCCAGUUGGCAGGUAAGGGUAGGUUUACUUUCAUUAGUAGCUGCACAAUCCCUAGGCCAAAUGCGGCGGUUGUGCGGCUCAUAAACAACCAUUAUUUUGUACACAAGGUGGAUAAGUUUGUGUUGAGCCAUAGCGUAACGUCCGCCCGGAUUUAUCUCCUUUUGUAGUUCAACAGACUUAGCAGACGUUACUUCAGGAAAUAUGGCAGAAUGGAAAUACGAUCUGGCACUUGUGAAAACUUUAACUGACAAAAAAAUUCGAGAACAACCAUGGUACAAAGAAAGACUGAAGACCAGGUUCAUCAAGACCAAGAAACCUGGUGAUGCGUCCAAGACUCUGAAUGGAGGUCGGUGGCAGUUUCUUCUCCAUGGUCUGGAUGACUUCAGAGAUGGAUUGCCUCCCAAAGUGGAAGAUUCAAUCGUAGUCAAGGGCAAGAAGGAAGAGAUUGAACCCAACAUCCACGGUGAUACACAAAUGAAGUUCCCCAAGGCAGAGACAGUCAACCGACACCGAUUCACUGAGGAAGAAGUGGCCUAUCUACGCACUCUCCCCCUCCAACAACAGAGAAGAGAUCACAUUAAUGAGAUGGAGUUUGGAUUACUCCAACACCCUCUAGCUCUCUACCCACACCUGGAAGAGAGCAUGCCUCCUGACAUUUUUGAGGAUGUCGUGGAGAUUUUGGACCCAGAAAUGAACCUGGACAGCGAGGCUGGGGAUGAAAAUGAUUUUGAAGAAGGUUUCACCAACUCCUAUGGAGAGACUGAAACAUCUGAGGAUAAGCAUCGACCAGCCUCAGGCUUAUCAGAUGGGUCAUCCAAUGAAGCAAAGGUGCGCAAUCCAUACCGCUGGCUUCCCCGCAAAGAGGAACAACAGAAAGAAGAUCGGAAAGCAAACCGACGACGAAGCGACUCACCCUCUCAAGAUGAACACAUCAAGAAUGUCACCAAGGAGUUCUGUGACUGGGUGUCAGGUCUGGGCGGAGAUAGUAACAAUGUGGAGGAGUCAACCAUCCACAGUUUAUUUGCCAGUGGGUAUGAGACCAAGCCUGCCCUGUCUGUUCCAAUUCAUGUUGUCGAGCUGACAAAUGUUCCCCCAGAACUGAGAAUGUCUGCAACCGUCUCGCAAGAGGAGAUACCAACACAGACAUUGGAACAGGUGGAGAAAACUCAAAAGCAACUGUAUGGAGGUUAUCAACCCAGCUGGGUGAAAAUGAAGUAUGGUGCUUGGUACUUAGCGCCUAAGACGUGGAGUCGACGAAGAAAUGAUGAGCCUCUGGAAGACCCCAAAGCAAUGAAAGAUAAAGAGAUGUCGGAAUCCAAGAAGAAAAGUCUGGCAAUGGAUGAGCAGCUAGCUCCCCUACAUGGAUCCAAAUCAUUCAAAGAAUUUGUGGAGAAGAAGGAUACCAGGAUGCCUGAGUUUUUGGACAGAGUUGCUCAGUUCCAAGCGCAAGCAGAAGCAGAGGAAUUGGCUGCAGCAAGGUUAGAAAAAGGUCCUAGUAGUUCACGAGAGAUUGAAGCAAAGUGACAUCUCAACGAGACAUUACCUACAAGUGCAAUAGACUACAAAUGGCAAUGAUGUCAUAAGGAAUGUCAGAAGUUUAGGACAGGACUUCAUUUUAAACCUUUUUUUUAAGAAAUAAGUGUUUGAUAGAGAUCAUCUUGGGAAAAGAGUUGAUGAAUUAACUCUCCUUUAUUUUCAAUUUUGACCAUUUCAAUAGAAGUCGACUUGUCUUCCCUAGUGUCAUGAUUAAGAUAAAUAUUUUCCAAGAAAACAAAUUUGUGUUCCAGUCGAAGCAGUGGCAAAUUUGCUGUUUCUUUGGAGAGCUUGGGUCAUUUGUUGCCUCUUUAAGUCCUUUUCUACAAAGUUCAUAUUUUUUAUGAACAGAAUUUGUGAAUACAUGUACAUAGAUGUACAGUAGCUUCUUGUACAAAGGAAAACAAAAAUAAAAGGCAUUUGCUUAUAAUUUCGUAUGUUCAA